AUGCAACUUUGCGGGGAGCACACUUAUACUAGUGAGGAUUUUUCCCCCUCAAUUUCAAUCGGUAAUGUGCCGCAACUCACAGUUGAUCUUCUGAUAACAAACUUACGUUUACAAAGAAUCGGAUUUUUGGAAGACGAAAAUGUUAUACCAGUUGCUGGCGCGUCUGAAACUGGUGUAGCCGUUGCUGUUGAAGUGUAUCAGUCAAGUGACAAUGAAUGGACUGUGAUACAACAAAGAGCACCAGUGAUUAAAAAAAAAUGGCGUAUUUUCGCGCAAAAUUUAUUGACUUUUAUUAAAGAAUCACGAUUUUCGAAAGUGAUUCUACUGUCGAGUGCGGACGCGACGCGAAGGAUGGAUUUUCAACUCACGGGUAUACCUCUUAGAUUCUUGAUGACUUCAUCUCUUCCUGACAAUUUCUCGGAGAAAGCAGUUGACCUUGGAUUAAAAGUUAUGGAGAAGAUUCCAAAAGAUAGAUUCGAAUCUUUAAACGAAUAUCUGGGAAAAAAACAAGACGAAGCCGAUUUACCCUCAAUCCCUGGUGGAGGGAUUUCUAAACAUUUGUUUUUCGAAUGUCAAAAGGAAAAGAUCCCGUUAUUAAUGAUAAUUUGCUUUGCAAUCGAAGGAGAUAAUACUCAAGAUGCCUUCUUACUUGCUGAUUACACUAAUGCAUUAUUGGGAUUAAUCCCUCACCAAGACACUCUGACAAAGUGUUGGAAGAUGCCAUCAAGUUGGGCUGGUCUAUUUGGAACACCAUAUGAUCAAUCAUUGUAUCAAUAG